UGUUCAGCGCAUGCAGAAUUAAUAGAACAUAACCUCAAAAAAACCCAACAAGCUCUAUGAAACGUCUAUUGUUUAAUUUAACUAAACAUUGUCAGCCUAUAAUUUGAAGAAAAAUGAAUUUGUUACCAAAAACCAAUAAGGAAUUUAAACAGCAAGACUAUUGGAACACUUUCUUUAAGAAACGUGGAAAAAAGGCAUUCGAAUGGUAUGGCGAGUAUCCAGAGCUUUGUGCAAAUCUUCAUAAAUACAUUAAACCGAAAGAUGAUAUUCUUGUUAUUGGCUGUGGAAAUUCUACUCUGAGUACUGAUUUGUAUGAUGUUGGUUAUAGGAAAAUUACGAACAUUGAUAUUUCCAAAGUAGUAAUACGCCAAAUGCAAGAUAUCAACAAAAUAAAACGCCCAGAGCUAAAAUACAUACAAAUGGACGCAUUAAACAUGACUUUUGACUCAGAAUCAUUCAGCGUUAUCCUUGACAAAGGCACUUUAGAUGCUUUAAUGCCUGAAAAUUCUCCAGAAACAAUAGCUUGUAUAGAUAAAUUAUUCUCAGAGAUCUCAAGGGUACUAAAAGUAGGAGGACGAUACGUUUGUGUAUCUUUACUGCAAGAGCAUAUUUUAAAAAAGCUCUUAGAUUAUUUUCCUCAGAACAAUUGGAUGUUUAGAGUUGUUAGAUGUUUAGAAGCUGAGCAAAAAACUACUGAAAAUAAUGAGGGUGCAUCAUUGCCUGUUUUUGUAGUUGUUGCGACAAAAUUUAAGCAGUUGAAUCAAAUGGUUUUAGAAAUGUGUAUGGGAGGUGAGAAAAUGAUAAGGGUGUCUGAAGCGGAAGAAAUAAUAGCAGCUUGUCAGGAAGCACAGACUGCUGCGUUAGUUUGUACUCACCUUACUCAAAGUAGCAUAGUUGGUGAACCUAUAAAAUUAGAUUUGUUUCGACCUGGAGAAACAAUACCGAGGUUUAGUAUAUAUGUAAUGGACCAAAUCACCUCAGGAAGAAAGCAGAAAAAAUAUGCUGUGUUCAUAGUUCCACAAGGAAGAGAAUCCGACUGGCUUUUUUCAACACCUGAAGGUAGAGAUAAACUACUUAAAUCAGUAGAACAAGACCGUCUUGCCGUAGUUAUAAUGCAUAGAGGACAAUUUUAUGAAAGUUGGGAUGCAGUAAAAGCUGAAUUAACAGCGAAUAUAAAGCUUCUCAAGCCUGCAGGAAGUGAAGACAAUAUACCCUUCUUAUCCUUGGGUACAGACGUUGGAUUUCGUGUUGAAAUUUAUCGUGGUGAAUCUAAAAUAUCAGGAGAAUAUGUUAUUGAAGAAAUUCCUCAACAACCUGGUGUAGAUUCUAUUUCAUUAAGAAGAUUAAUAUUUUUGAGCAAUCCUUUCUUGGUACAGAGUGAAGCUCUUGUGAAAAUAGUUAAAUCCAAAAAUACAACUAGGUGCAUAGUUGACACAACAAAGUUAACAUGUGAUCAUCAUACAUACAUGACUGUCGGUGUACAACUAUCCAUUUCAAAUUUUAAGAAGCAGGAUCGAUCUUCUAAAAGCUCAAAAGAAAAACUAGCAAAUUAUCCAAAAUGCCUCGUGAUAGGUUUAGGCGGAGGAGGAUUAUGCACAUUUUUGCACCAUUACUUUAAAAAUUUACAAAUACUUGCUAUUGAAAUAGAUUCAGAAAUGUUGAAUGUUGCAGAAAACUAUUUUGGCCUAAAACAAGAUUUCCGUUUUCAAAUUAAAAUUGAUGAUGGAAUUAAAUAUAUUCUUGAUGCUGCACAAAAAGGUGAAAAAUUUGAUUCAAUCCUAUUUGAUGUUGACAAUAAAGACCCGUCCCUUGCUAUAAGAUGCCCACCAAAGGAGUUUUUAGAAGUUAAUUUCCUAGAAGCUGUUAAAGAAUGCCUUACUGAGAAAGGAAUUUUCAUGCUGAACUUGGUUUGUCGGGAUGACAAUGUAAGGACAAAUGUAAUAAAAUUAUUAGUUGAUAUAUUUGAAAAUGUCUGUUCCUACGUAAUGGAAUUAGAUUUAAAUAUGAUCAUUUAUUGCACAAAUACUAAAGACAUUGAUUGGAAAACAAAAAUUCUCGAGGCUUCUGAAACUGUAAAUAAAUUGAUUGGUAAAAGUGGUUCAACAAAUGACUUCAUAGAUAUGAAUGAUGUAUUUAGUUAUUUGAAUAUUCACUAAACUUU